AUGCGCAGCCCCGUCAUCGCGUUCUCCAUCCUCGCCGCGGCGGUCAGCCCGUCUCUCGUUGCUGGCGCUCCGACCUCGCCCAACCCCAACUCCGCGGCCGCGCACUCCCCUCGUCAGUUCUCCGGCGCCAUGAACCAUCUCGGCGCCACGGACGGCCUUCCGCUCCAGCCCCCAGCCGGUGUCCCCGCCGUCCCCGCCACUCCUGGGCAGGCAAGCAAGGCGCUUACGGCCCCUUCGCUUCUCUCUGGUAUCUUCGGCGGCGGACAGGACACAGGCUCAAACUCCAACAACAAGCCUGACCCUACUACCCACCGCCAGGCCGAGCAGCAGCAGCAUAACCCUUCUUCGUCUUCCCUCGACGCGUACACGAGCCACGCCAGGCGCGCGUCGGACCAGAACACCGCCGGUGGAAACGGGUACACAGGUGCUACCAGCGACACUUCUGGAGGCUCUGUUGUCUCUGUCUCGCACGGCGGUGAUGAGUUUGAGGGUGAAGGUGGUGAAGGUGAAGGUGAAGACACCCUCACCAACGAUGGCAACACUGGUGGUGCCGCCGGCGAGGGGUUCAGCGGUUUCAGCUACGGCGGUGACGGUGACGGCAAGGGCGCAGGUGGUAACGCCUACUCCGGUGCAGUUGGUCCCUCGGAGGGUGGUGACGUAGUCAGUGCCAGCGACCAUGGUAUCGACAACACCGCUGCUAAUGCUGGGGGCGUCGGUGGCUUCGACGAGUCCGGUGACGCGCAAGGUGGUGACGCCGCGGGCAACAUCGUCGACGGCGUGAACACUGAGAACUACACCCGUCGCAAGCGUGCGCAGGACUCUGGCACUGCGGGUGGUAACGCCUACACGGGUGCCAGCAGCGACGUCGAUGGUGGCAACGUCAUCAACCAUUCCGACGAGGAAGGCGAGACCUUCAACGAUGCGGCCCAGACUGGUGGCGACGCUGGGGAAACCUACUCUGGCGAAGCGAACGGUGGCGAAGGCGAUGGCUUCGGCCCUGGUGGCAACGCGUACAGCGGCGCGACGGGCAGUGCUGUCGGCGGCACCGUCGUCAACGACGGUGGUUUUGUUGAGAACGAGGACACGGUCACUGGCGGCGAAGGGGGCGAGAGCGAGAGCGGCGAUGCUGAGGGUGGCGACGCUUGA